GUAGCUACAUUGUGAAACUCUCAAAGGGUGGGAAAGAUAUAAGAGUUGGCCGGAGAGACUGGUGCACUCCUACUGGGGUUGUCUCUUGCUUUUUCCGCGGUUACAGUCAACUAGGCUAAACUAAGACACAGUCCUCAGAGUUCAGAAAUAUCAGUUCACAAGGAGGUACCUUCCAAAACAAUUUUUUAAAUAUUUACUAGCGGUUAAAAAUUAAACACAUCGAGAAGUCAGAGGCUGGGGGAAAUUGCAAGGAAAGAAGAUCUAAACAGACAGAAAGAUACUCUUCAUCAUGAGACCAUUAUCAGUUCUAGUGUUUGUUUUAUACUCAUUGCUUUGCACUUAUGCAGUAACGGAUAAAUCUAGUAGCGGAAAGAACCCAAUCCAGCAAGCUCCACUAGGUCAGCAAGAAAAGUAUUUGAUAGGCGAAUGUGUAAAGAACAGUUAUACGGUUAAUUCUUGCAGUAAAGUUUUUUGCCAACCCUGGCAAAGGUGUAUGAACGGUACCUGUUCCUGUAAGCUACCAUAUCAAUGCCCAAGGAAUGGCACUUCAGUUUGCACUACUGAGGGAAGGGCAUUUCGGACUUACUGUCAACUAAAGAGCUAUGAAUGUCAGCGUCCCCUGAGCAAAUUUAGGAACAGAGGAAGCUGUAAACCUCAAGACAACUUCGACAUACUCUUGAAACCAGAAAAUAAAUCGGAGAAAUUCCCUGAAGUUGAAGUAAAUUCCCAGAAGUUGUUUAUUUGCGGGCAUGAAUGGAGUAUGAAUGAAGCAAAUGUGGUCUGCAGACAUCUUCAUUUCCCAGAAGGGGCUGAUCGUAUAAAAUUGGCACGCCCAGACAGUGCCUGGAAUUCGUCAGAAUGCCUUAAAGCAACUUGCAGAGGCAUAGAGACCAGCCUAGCAGAAUGCUCUUUAGCUAGAACCCGUAGGGGUCAAAAGAAGCUUGCUACGGUGAUGUGCCACACAAAACACAGAGAAUGCUCUAAACACGAAUUCAGCUGUGUCAACAAGAAAUGCAUCCCUUCUUACAAAACAUGUGAUGGAAUAAAUGACUGCGGAGAUCUAAGUGAUGAAUUGUGUUGCAAAGCAUGCAGAGGUGAAAGCUUCCACUGUAAUUCCGAUGUGUGCAUUCCAAAGAAGUAUCUCUGUAAUAAAGAAAUGGACUGCUUAACAGGAGAAGAUGAAACUCACCACCUGUGUAGGGGUGAUGAAACAACUGAUGAAAAUGAAAGAGAAAGAACAGAAGACACUCAGGAGGAAUCCAUGGAUGCAGAAAGAAGAAAGAUCAAAACAUUUUUACCCCAAAUCCAUUGUGGUAUUCCAAACCACACCAUUACUCGUCGGAAGCGAAUCGUUGGCGGACAUACUGCAGGAGAGGGUGAAUUUCCAUGGCAGGUGGCAAUUAGAAGUGCUGGGGCUCAAGUAAACUGUGGUGGGAUUUAUAUUGGAGGCUGUUGGAUUCUCACUGCUGCACAUUGUGUUAGACAAAGCUAUGUUCAUACCUACAUGAUAUGGACUGGAAUGUUAGAUACAAUAGUUAGAAAUACUGGGAUAGAAACCUUUUUGUUAAAAAGAGUGAUAAUCCAUGAGAACUAUAAUCCCAAAACAUAUGAGAAUGAUAUUGCUUUACUGGAAAUGAACAAGAAGAAUUCAGAGCAGACCUGUUCUCCACCCAACACGGUGGCAGCAUGCGUCCCCUGGUCAUCUUAUAUGUUCAAAGCAGGCCAUCAGUGCAAAGUGUCUGGUUGGGGACGGGCAGAAGGUUAUGAAAGACAAUUUACACUUAAAUGGGGCUAUGUUAAUUUAAUGUCAAAUUGUUCCGAAAUCUACAAGGAACGUUAUUUUAAAGGCAUGGAAUGUGCAGGUACAUAUGAUGGUUCUGUAGAUUCCUGUAAAGGUGACUCAGGAGGACCUUUGGUUUGUUUUGACUCUAAUAAUGUAGCUUAUGUUUGGGGUAUUGUGAGUUGGGGUGAAAACUGUGGUGAAGAAGGACAUCCUGGUGUUUACACAAAGGUGGCUGAUUAUUUUGAAUGGAUUAGCCAUCAUACUGGAAAGGCUGUGGUGUCUCGAUUUAAUGUGUGAUAUUUGAAACACAAGCAUUUUCUCAUUCUCUGCUGCAAUAAUUAAAGGUUGGCUGCAGAAGUCUGGGGGUAUAAUUCCAGGUCAAGUUAAACAUGUUUCAGUUUCUUCCACUAAGAUCAAUGAACACAAAAGUUGUUACCUUUGAUUCGGUCAUGCCCUGGUAGUUUAGCAACAAUGACUCUCUUAAAUUUUCAUUAUUCUUUGAAAAGUCUGUUGGCCUUCUAAAAGCCAUCAUUGCUUUCCCGCUCAUAUUGCAUGUUACAAUAAAAGUGAAGCAUGUACCAAUAAAAAAA